GAAUGCCCUGACAGACAACUAUGGCAACGUUAUGCCUGUGGAUUGGAAGUCAUCUCACACGAGGACCUUGCAUUUGCUUACUCUGAACCUCUCAGAAAAAGGGAUGAGUGACAGUUUGCUCUUUGAUACGUCUGAUGACGAGGAGCUGCGGGAACAGCUGGACAUGCAUUCGAUCAUCGUCUCCUGUGUCAAUGAAGAGCCCCUCUUCACUGCAGAUCAGGUUAUCGAAGAAAUUGAAGAAAUGAUGCAGGAAUCACCAGACCCAGAAGAAGACGAAACUCCCACACAGUCAGAUCGGCUUUCGAUGCUUUCCCAAGAAAUUCAAACGCUCAAGAGGUCUAGUACCAGCAGUUACGAAGAGAGAGUAAAAAGGCUCUCGGCAUCUGAACUAAAUGAACUCCUGGAAGAAAUCGAGGUGGCCAUUAAGGAGUAUUCUGAGGAACUGGUGCAGCAGUUGGCCCUUCGAGAUGAACUGGAGUUUGAAAAGGAAGUGAAAAACAGCUUUAUUUCUGUGCUUAUUGAAGUGCAAAACAAACAGAAGGAGCACAAAGAAACAGCAAAGAAGAAAAAGAAACUGAAAAAUGGCAGCUCUCAGAAUGGGAAGAACGAGAGAAGCCAUAUGCCCGGCACUCGCUUCAGCAUGGAAGGGAUCUCCCAUGUCAUUCAGAAUGGGCUCCGCCACACCUUUGGAAAUUCAGGUGGAGAGAAACAGUAUUUGACAACAGUCAUUCCUUACGAGAAAAAAAACGGAGCACCAUCUGUUGAAGAUCUUCAAAUAUUAACAAAAAUUCUUUGUGCCAUGAAGGAGGACAGUGAAAAAGUUCCGAGCUUGUUAACUGAUUAUAUACUGAAAGCAUUGGUAUGAGAGCUGGAUUGUUCUGAGUUCUGUGUCCUACAUAGAGCAGCAACCCUUCAGGAGCGGCGUUACCUUCCAUGGACUCCAAGCUAGAUUUCCCACAGCGUCACUCUGAAAGCCAGUGACCAUGACCUUCUUGCUAUUGGAAACUCAGCACACUUGAACUUGGGUUUGUGAUUCAGUAUUAAUAGAUCAUGACUUCACUAAUUCUUUAUAUUAUAGAACCAAGAGAAACAUGGGCACUAUUCUGAAUUCUAGAGAUGGCUUUUGUUAAAUCUACUAAUAAUCAUGAACUGUUCUCUCAGUAGAGCAAAGGAGCAUAUUAACUGUGCAUGUGAAGUAUUUUUCAUGAACUGAUGGUAUGCCCGCUUGUUUUUAUGGCUUUCUACACCUCAACUGCACUGAAGACCUAGAUUAAAUAAAGCAUUGGGAGAUUUGUAUUAUAAGUUAAAUGAUGGCAGGGGCCAGCACUGAUUUUUAUGCACGAACUUUGUAUUACCUACCAGUAUUGUCCAGAGAUGGAAACCUAACAGUCUGAGCCUGUUCUUGAAGAAGCAAGACCAGAAUAUGCAUUACUUUGGCUUAAUACUUAGUGAACAUGGAAACCGUUAGUGAUGACCGAUUUGAUAGCUUGCUGCUUGUUUCACCAUUGUUCCAAUGUUAAGCGUAAGUUACCAUCCACUUUCAGAAUCUCGUGUUAACUUUAGAUGUUUGAACGUUCUGCUUCAUGUGUCUGUAAAUAAUUGUGCUUCACAAGUUUGUGUUCUCUAAGGUGCUUAGGAAAGCAUGUGCUGCAGAACUGCCCAUUUCCAGUAUUGUGUUUCUUAUAUUUUAUUCAUGCCUGUGUAUUUUUCUAAUGUACGAAUUCUAGAAACAGCUACUCAUGGAUUCAUUACGAGUCCUGAGCACUUUUGCUGGUUCCAAUCAAGUCAGUGGCAUUUAAUAAAUUAAAAAAAAAGGAAAAAGUA